AUGAUCCGGGACUACCAACAAAUGCGAGUUCUUUGUGGGCCUGAGGAUGAAGAUAUGAUGCGAGUCAAUAUUCUGGCCAAUGAAAGUGAGCAGCAACGACUUUUACGGCUUUUGCAAAGCAUGAGAAUGCUCAAUGAGAACCAAGACUCUGAGAAGCUUGCGCACCGUUCCUUAUUAAUCGAAAUCAUGUCUAUGCAUCUUUUUGCUCCUUUUGAGCAGAUUGAAAUCGCGGCCGGCCGUGAAGGCCAUGACGAGGCUAAAACUGCAUAUCUAAGCGCUCAAAGCUGGAGCCACCGCUGUCAAGCUAGACAAGCUGUCUGGAACGCUGGCCAGGCAGUCCGCUACUUACGUGAGAUCUUGUCAGCGCAAUUUACCGCAUUCCAUGCCGUUCUGGCAUACCAGGCCAGCUUAUGUUUAUGGAUGUAUGGGACAAUUACCGCCCAAUGUCCACCUGACGACGGUCCAUCAUCUGCCUCCGCACGAUGCUUCCUGGACACGGACGAGAUAGUAAAAUCACAGCAAUGGGUUAAUCUGAAUCGAGGCAUCCCCGCGAUCUACAAGGUUGUCUCGGAUCAAGCGACAAGCCAAGGAACUCAAAUUCCGCUAUCCUCCACCCGGGAGGUUAUGAUGUGUCUACGAGAAUUGCUUCAAUACAAAGUCUCCGAGCACGGAACCAAUGCGUUGACUUCAGCGGUCGACCGGAACUACGUUAACUAG